ACCUGAUGGCCUCGUCUUCCUCCUCGACGGCAGUAGCAGCGCUGCGUCGUCUUGCCACUCUCCGCUCACAGAUCUUCCAGACCCUUCCUCCUCCACCGGCAAGCGCGCCCGGCGGGAUCCGCACUGGUGCAAAGUUCCUCAAAGCUCCUCUCAAGGGUCCCUCGAUGCUGGAGUACUACCCACCCACACUGAAGCUCAAGGGUCUUGGAGAGAGGAUAUGGGGACAAGAAGGAGUGGAGAGGGGACUACUUUUGAUGGACCCGAGGGAGAGGCAGAGGUUGGAGGAUGUGGAGAGGCGGAAGAAGAUGGGCAAGGGACCGCCUAAGAAGGGUCAAGGUCGUCGUGCUGCUAUGAAGUCCAAGGGAAAGAGGUGAUGAGAAGGUAGACUAUUUCACAGCUCUUUCAAGUCAGGCAUCCGAGUUCUUCAAUGCGUACACAACGGACAGCCUACAGAGAUUGACGAUGCAGCUCUCGCUACGGAAC